AUAAAAUUUUUUGAAUUGAAAUUUUUAAAAUUCAAAAAAAUGUCUUCAAGAAUUGUACUUUUGUUUUUGUUGCAAUUAAUUUCACUUUCUUACCCACAUCUUUUGGAAAAUACUUGCGAAAUUGAAGAAAGACUCCGAUUUGAUUGUUACCCUGAACCAGAUGCAACACCAGAAUUAUGUAAUAACAGAGGAUGCUGCUGGCAACCUGCUUUAAAUGAUUUAAACACGCCAUAUUGUUUUUAUGGGGCCAAUAGUGUAGGAUAUACGGUUUGUGGAAAGAACGACACAGAUACUGGUUUCGUUUUAGAUCUUUGUCUAAAAAAAAGUGGUCCAUACGGCAGUAAUAUUGCAAGUUUAAAAGCAGAAUUUCAGUUUGAAACAGAUGACCGCUUGCAUGUGAAAAUUUAUGAUCCAACUGAGAGGCGAUAUGAAGUACCAAUACCUGUACCUGAUGUAACUUCAAAAGCACUUUCCCCAAAUUAUUUAGUGACUUACACAAAUGAAUUAUUUGGUUUUAAAGUUACAAGGUUAUCAAACAAUGAAACAAUUUUUGAUUCAAGUGUGGGUGGAUUUAUAUUCUCUGAUCAGUUUCUUCAAAUUUCUUCGCUUCUUCCUUCUGAAAAUAUCUAUGGUUUGGGAGAACAUGUGCUAGGAUUAAAGUUGAAAACCAACUGGAAUAUGCUAACUUUGUUUUCAAGAGACAUUGAUACUCCUGAGGGUGGAGUAAAUCUGUAUGGAGUUCACCCUUUUUAUAUCAAUACAGAAAAAAGUGGUUGGGCAAAUGGAGUAUUUCUCAAAAACAGUAAUGCAAUGGAUAUUAUACUACAACCUACUCCAGCAAUUACCUAUCGAACCAUCGGAGGAAUUCUAGAUUUUUACUUUUUUCUUGGACCUACAACAAAUGAUGUUGUUUCACAAUAUACUGAUGUUGUUGGUCGUCCUACAAUGCCACCAUUUUGGUCACUAGGAUUUCAUUUGUGUCGUUGGGGAUAUAACAGUGUUGAUAACACAAAAAAAGUUAGAGAUAGAAUGGCAGCCAAUUAUAUUCCACAAGAUGUUCAAUGGAACGAUAUUGACUACAUGGAUAAAUAUUUAGAUUUUACAAUAGGAGAAAAUUUUAGUGGUCUUAGUGACUUUGUUGGUUUGCUUCAUGAACAAGGAUUGCAUUAUGUACUGAUGUUGGAUCCUGCUAUUAGUAAUCAACAAACUGGAUAUCCUCCUUAUGAUAUAGGAGUUCAAAAGAAUAUCUUUGUUAAAAAUAAUAAAGGUGAAAAUAUUAUUGGAGAGGUUUGGCCAGGAUCUACAGUGUUUCCAGAUUUUUUCAAUCCAAAUGUAUCUAGCUAUUGGACAGAUCUGAUAAGUUCUUUUCACAAAAAGAUUAGCUUUGAUGGUUUGUGGAUUGAUAUGAAUGAACCGUCAAGUUUCAAAGAUGGUUCAGCACAAGGUUGCCCUCAAAAUUCUUUUGAAAAUCCACCAUAUACUCCUGCUGUCAUCGGUGAUAAAUUAUCUCAGAAAACGUUAUGUAUGAGUGCACAGCAACACAUUGGAAUUCACUACAAUCUACAUAGUUUGUAUGGUCAUUCUGAAGCAAAUGUAACCAUGAACGCACUUCAGCAAAUUUUGGGUAAACGCUCUUUAGUCAUUUCUCGAUCAACAUAUGCAGGAACUGGUAGCCAUGCUGGACAUUGGCUUGGUGAUAAUCAUAGUACAUGGAAAGAUCUUUACAGUUCAAUUGCAGGUAUUAUUAACUUCAAUCUGUUUGGUAUACCUCUUGUUGGAGCUGAUAUUUGUGGAUUUAGUGGUGAUACCACAGAAGAACUUUGCAGCAGAUGGAUGCAGCUUGGAGCAUUUUAUCCUUUUUCAAGAAACCAUAAUGAUAUAAACUCUAUUGACCAAGAUCCUGCUGCUUUUGGUCAAAUGUUAAUUGUUUCAUCGCGUAAUGCAUUAAAUGCUAGAUACAGACUACUUCCGUAUUUAUAUACUUUGUUUUUUGAAGCUCAUGUUAAUGGUACGCCUGUAGCCAGAGCAUUGUUUUCAGAAUUUCCGCAGGAUAUUAACUGCAUAGAAAUUGACAAACAGUUUAUGUUGGGCAACGGUUUGCUAAUAAGUCCUGUUUUAGAGCAGGGUGUUACUUCUAUAAAUGCUUACUUUCCUAAAGGGUUGUGGUAUAACUUUAAUACUGGAGAGAAACUUGUUAGUUCUGGUCAAUUUGUUGGUCUUCCAGCAUCAUUUGAAACUGUAAACCUUCAUAUUCAAGGUGGUAUUAUUAUCCCAACUCAAGAACCUGAAGUUACUACUACAAAGAGUCGUCUAAAUGAUUUUGAAGUGUUAGUGGCUUUCAAUAAAGAUAAUGAAGCUGAAGGUUCUUUGUUUGUAGAUGAUGGUGAAACAUUUAUCGACGUCGAUAUGAAAAAUAUUUUGUUUGUUGAAUUCACUUGUUCUCAAAAGAGCGGCUUUCACUCCAUUCCUUUACACAAUGGUUACAAUCCACCUAAUCCAAAGUUUAGCAAGUUAAUUGUUUUAGGGUUGAGUGUUCAACCUCUCAAUGUUUAUGUUAAUGGAAAUUCAGUUCCUUUUGAGUAUGAUUUCAAAAUGCAGAUUCUCGAAGUAACCGGUAUGAGUUUGUCUAUUACCAAAGAGAAUUUUAUUACCUGGGAUGUUUAAGAUUUCAUUGAUUUGAUUUUCUAUUUUUAUUUUUCAUAAUAAAUUUUAUUUUAAA